AUGCCCAUGCUAUACGGCGAGGGAGGAGAAAAAGCUUUUCUUCGCCUCCAGGAAGAGAUCAUGAAGCAAUCAGACGAUCAGACUAUCUUUGCUUGGACUAACAAAAGGGCGCCUGAGUACAGCCUUGGUGGUCUACUCGCAACGACCCCAGCGCACUUUGAAGAUAGCCAGGACAUCAUAGCUUACCAGCAAUGGGAGCCUACCCCACCAUAUGCAAUGACGAACAGGGGCUUGCGUAUUGAUUUGCCACUUCACGACAUCAUGCAGGGGCGGCGGGGGCGCGACUUUAUAGCACUCCUUCGUUGUGGCGUUUCCCAAGACAUCAAGGGCCAAACCGGAUACAAGUUCCUGGCUAUAUGUCUAACCCGGCUUUCACUUUUUGAUAAUAGGUCAUGUCAUCUUUAA